GAACACCAAAAAUCUAAACGUUAAGUGUUUCGCCAAAAGUUUCAUUUUCAAUUUUAAAAACACGCUAAAUAAUUGGUAGCAAACUCACCUUAAUUAUUCGCAAAUCAACAAAGAAAAACUUAGGCUCAGACCUGGAAAACAUUUUUCAUUUCCUACUAGACAAUUAUUAGCGCGAUAAAUUUAUGAACAUAACCUUUAAAAUACCAAAUCAACGUAAAUGUUUAUGUAAUAUUUGUACUUGAACAUGGCAAACUCCAAUACCGAAACAAAUUAUAAUUCAAAAAAAGAAAACGAAUCAGUUGAAGAACAAGAUAUAGCACAACCAGCUGAAAAAGUGGAAGAUGAAUGGAUGAUUCGAAGAUGUGCCGUUUAUGAUGAUGAAUACAGUGAUUGUACUUCUUUUAAAGCAAGAUUUAACCAAUACUUCAUUUUUGGAAAAACUUUAGAUUGUACACAGUGGAAAAAGGAUUCCAUAAAUUGUUACAAAUGGAAAGAUAACCAAGAUUUGAAAGCAGCUAAUGAAUUGAUAGAAAGUGAAAAAAAUAGAAGAAAAGAAAGGUUACUACCACAUUAUAUGAAUGAUGUUUGGGAAAAACGAAAAGCACCACCCGAAGAUUGGAACAAACCACUGCCCGAAUAUUUGCAAAAAGAGUAUGAAUAUACAUAUUUAAAUGUCAAAUCCAAAGAAAUGAAGGGGGAAAUACCACCAUCAUUCGACAUGAAUGUACCAUAUUGUACAGUAAUGUAAUUGCAUUUUCAAAUAGGAAUAUUCAAUUAAAACUCAAAUAAAAAUAUCUAAAUUUUU